GUCGCCGGCGCCGCAACAGGCCGUCGCGAGCGUGGCCAGUGUCGUGACGCCUGUAGCGAGCCUCGUCACGCCGGCGGUUAGCCGGACCAGUGUUGCAGAUACCCCCGAGUUCGCCAGACCCCUCGAAGACGGCGACCAGUCCCUAGACCGACAGGUGGCGUCGUCGCUGGCGCUGCUGGAGCGCUCGCUGUCCAGCGACGCGUCGUACGACAUGCUGCGCGAGCUCGACGCGACCGCGCAGCCCGAGGCAGACGCCGGGGACGCGCUCGGUGAGUCACACGCCAGGCGACCCGCAGGCGGCGUCGUCGCUGGCGCUGCUGGAGCGCUCGCUGUCCAGCGACGCGUCGUACGACAUGCUGCGCGAGCUCGACGCGACCGCGCAGCCCGAGGCAGACGCCGGGGACGCGCUCGGUGAGUCACACGCCAGGCGACCCGCAGGCGGCGUCGUCGCUGGCGCUGCUGGAGCGCUCGCUGUCCAGCGACGCGUCGUACGACAUGCUGCGCGAGCUCGACGCGACCGCGCAGCCCGAGGCAGACGCCGGGGACGCGCUCGGUGAGUCACACGCCAGGCGACCCGCAGGCGGCGUCGUCGCUGGCGCUGCUGGAGCGCUCGCUGUCCAGCGACGCGUCGUACGACAUGCUGCGCGAGCUCGACGCGACCGCGCAGCCCGAGGCAGACGCCGGGGACGCGCUCGAGAGCAACGCAUCAGCAGCGCUACUAGCCGCCAAGCUAACACGACUCGCGUGCGGCGUGCAGAGCUCCCUCUCGGGGCUCAUCCUGGCGCUGCCGCACGACGCGCCGCCGCGCGCCGCCCUGCGCGCCCAGCUGGCUGCCGCUACCGAGCGCGCGCAUCGGUUGCACGCUGCGUUGGCUAGCCAGGCGCCUAAUGCACACGCCACGCUUGCUAGGCAGCCGCCCAAUGGUCUACACGCCGCGCUGAUUAUCCAGGCGCCCAACGGUUAG